UGCAUCGUCCAAGGCAGGCGAUGCGCCGUGAUCUCUUUACAGCUCAUGAAAUUAAUUCAUGUGAGGGUAUUUUCCCCCCUCUAAAUAAAUAAAUAACCCUCUUCAAACUUUUCAGGCGCAUCACAGAUUUCAGAAUCCGAACGAGCUCCUUAAAUAAAUCCCACUUUGCGCUGAAAAUUACCGCACACGCGGCUCGCCUACCGCUCCUAGGUAGGGAGACAAAGGAAUAACAGAAAUAGGCUCUCUUGUAUAUUUUAAGACGGGCUGCAAGAAAAAAAACCGGAUUGCGUUUCUCAGCACCUCCCGCUAUGCUUUCUGAAAGCAUCCUGGUCAGACUAUAAUGGUUGGAGGGAUACUGCCUUUUGUUGCUUUUAUGUCACCGGCCAACAUCUGUCUUGGAAGGGUGAGAGUGAUGGCUUCCGUAAUGGGCGGGAUUUGAAAGCUGGUCUUGGUAGACACAUGAAUGAGUGGCUUUAAACAAAUCGUAGCACAUCUGAGGCUUCUAUACCCGCCAGGCUAAAUGCAGCAGCAGGAAUCACCAGCAACGAUGAAAUCUCCAUCUCUCUGAAAGAUCCCUUCCUUGCAGACCACGGGAGGGAUCAUGUCUGGUGCUGUCAAAGCAGACGUGAUUUAUUCCGUUUCCAUCAUCUUGCUUUGGCUGAGGCAGUUUUCAGCUGAAGAGUCGGGAUGGACAGGGACACAGAAUGUGGUCCACGCCCAGGUGCACCAUGAAAUCAUAAUACCUCAGUGGAGAGCAGAUGGAAGCUCUGGCAAUGAAAAGCAUCCACCCAGAGCAGAAGUUGAAAUAACAGCUGAAGGAAGAAACUUUGUCUUGGAUGUUGAGAAAAACAAUCACCUCUUUGCACCAGGCUAUACUGAAACUCAUUAUACUAAGAGUGGAACUCCCCAUACUGUGACUUUGAACAACACGGAUCAUUGCUUGUACCAUGGUACUGUGAGAGGGAUGGAAGACUCAACUGUGGCACUCAGCAUAUGCAAUGGUCUACGCGGCCUUAUAGUACUGAGCAACAACCUCAGUUAUAUCUUGGAACCACUGCGUCAUAGUCAGGAACAUCACUUGAUCUACAGGUCUGAACAUCUCAAGGUUGCCUGGGGUACCUGUGGAAACCAGCAUUCAGGGUCAAAAACCAUGGAUUGGCUUACAGAAUUGACAGGCCAAGCUGGAUCUGGUUAUCACAGGGUGAAGAGGGAUGAUCAGCAGUCUAUGAAAUAUGUAGAGCUUCUACUAGUGGCUGAUUAUGCAGAGUUUCAAAAGCAUAAUUAUGAUCUUCAAGCAACCAAGAAUAAAUUACUGGAGGCUGCCAAUUAUGUAGAUAAGUUUUACAAAUCCCUGAACAUACGCGUUGCUCUGGUUGGACUUGAGGUCUGGAACGACCACAAUAAGUGUGACAUCUCUGAGAACCCACAUUCAACCCUGUGGUCUUUUCUUGCUUGGAGGCGCAAGUUACUUAUGUACAAAAAGCAUGACAAUGCCCAGCUAAUCACUGGGAUGUCCUUCCAUGGUACUAUAAUUGGCUUAGCCCCUUUGAUGGCCAUGUGCUCUGUCUAUCAGUCUGGAGGUGUGAAUAUGGAUCACUCUGAAAAUGCCAUUGGAGUUGCUGCCACCAUGGCCCAUGAGAUGGGGCAUAACUUUGGCAUGAGCCACGAUUCAGCUGGCUGCUGUACUGCCAGUGCUAGAGAUGGAGGCUGCAUCAUGGCUGCUGCAACAGGGGACCCAUUCCCCAGGGUAUUCAACAAAUGCAAUAUGAAGGAGUUGGACAGGUACCUGCAGUCUGGUGGAGGGAUGUGUCUUUACAAUAUGCCAGAUACAAAGACUUUAUAUGGAGGACAGAGAUGUGGAAAUGGUUAUCUGGAAGAAGGGGAAGAGUGUGAUUGUGGAGAAGAAGAGGAAUGUAAUAAUCCUUGUUGCAAUGCUUCUAAUUGCUCUCUGAAGCCUGGUGCUGAGUGUGCUCAUGGCACUUGCUGUCACCUCUGCAAGUUGAUUUCACCAGGAACACUUUGCCGGGAACAAGCUAGACCAUGUGACCUUCCAGAAUAUUGUACAGGCAAAUCUCCAUUCUGCCCUGCAAACUUCUACCAAUUGGAUGGUACUCCAUGUGCAAGCGGCAAAGCAUAUUGCUACAGUGGAAUGUGCCUCACAUAUGAACAGCAGUGCUUGCAGCUCUGGGGACAUGGAGCAAGGCCAGCACCUGACCUCUGCUUUGAGAGGGUUAAUGUUGCAGGAGAUUCCUAUGGGAACUGUGGGAAGGAUAACAGUGGCCGAUACAGGAAGUGCGAUACAAGAGAUGCUAAGUGUGGCAAGAUACAAUGCCAGAGUUCUGCUUCCAAGCCUCUAGAGUCCAGCGCUGUUGCUAUUGACACAACUAUUGUAUUCAACGGAAGGAAAAUACACUGUCGUGGAACUCACGUAUACCGAAAUGAAAAGGAUGAAGGGGAUAUGUUAGACCCAGGCCUUGUGAUGGCAGGAACAAAGUGUGGCGACAGUCAUGUUUGCUUUGAGGGACGCUGUAGGAAUACGUCCUUCUUUGAUACAGGAGACUGUGGGAAGAAGUGCAAUGGCCAUGGGAUUUGCAACAACAACCAGAACUGUCAUUGUUUCAGUGGAUGGGCACCUCCAUUUUGCAAUAAACCUGGGAAUGGAGGAAGCCUGGACAGUGGGCCCAUGCCUCAAGAAAGUCCUGUUCCAGUCAUAAUAGGAGUCCUUUCCAUCUUGCUUCUGACUGUAAUUGGAAUUGCUUUUUGCUGUUAUAAAUGGAGAGCCAGGCUUGUGCCACUAAAGCAGGCUUUCAUUCCUCCAAAGAAACUGCAUCAGUUCAGUAGUACCUCUCCUCCCAUUCAGAGUGAUGUGACUGGUCAUGCCAACCCAGCUUUCAAGCUGAAAACCCCACAGGAACAAAGAAAGCAGGCUACUGGUAUACAGAAUAUCCCUCCAAAACCUGAAGUGCUCUACUGUGAGCCACCUCCAGAAUUCAAAAUUCACGUACAGCCCCCACCGCCGCCGCCGCCGCCACCUGCUCUCCCAGCUAACCACACAAAGGAGCUUCCCGUUCUGGGGUAUCAGAGCAAAGUAAAGAAUUUUCCAAAACGAACUCCUCCAAGCAGGCCAGCACCACCAGCUCCAAAGGUCAUUGUUCCUCAGGAUACUUCCAGACCUCAAGCACCUCAGAAAGCUCUUCCUGCUAAUCCAGUUCCUGCAAGCAACAGAGUUGGGCUGCCCAAGUUGACUACAGCACCAGUACCACUGCCACACGGUGUUGCAAGGAACAGAGGAGUGCAUCGGGUGCUGACAGAGAAUUCAAUGAUGAAGAAUGCUGAAGCUGUGAAUACCCUGAAGUUUAGAUAUUAAAGGUCACCUUGCAGCUCUAACGUCCACACCAGUUCCUCAUGGUUUGACCUGGGAUUUCCCACGGGCUUUGUUUCCAGGAAGAAGCCAUGUUGGUUGUGUGCAACUCUCAAAUUCCUCUCCCAGUCUCACACGACUAGCUGAGACCAAUUUCAGGACUGGCUUUAGCAAACAUUUCUACCAUCCUUGGCACAAGUAGAUGCAAUUCCCUUGGAAAUGAGUGGCGACUCUGUGUAUGCCAAGGUUAAUGUGACCUGCUUUGCCUUUUGGAUAUUUGUUCCUUACAGGAUUUACUUCUUUAAAAUGGCACUGGUGUGUUAUAGUGCAAUAUGCUGAAAUGAGUGAGGGAAAAUCUUUGAUUCUCUGUCAAUAAUUCAUAAUUGUCUCAACAGAAGACAAACUAUUUUAAUCAACAUCGAGACACUGAUUCCUCCUCAGACCACCUAUAUGCUUUGUUACAACCAUAGACUGUCCUAUGGAGAAGAUAAUGUUGUGACUGCUCCCCCCCCCCUUGAUAUUACCUCAUCUCCAAAAUACUUUACAUCACAUGGAGAAGUUUUCUGAUCCUGUGGAAUUUUGCUAUAUACUGAUUGUAUUUCUUUCCCUCUGUUAAGGAAUCUUCCAGAGUUCAGUGGCUAAAAUUUUGCUGUUCUUAUAUGGGACUAACAGUCAGCUUCGCAGUCCCAAAUAUUUCUGGUUAUCACUUUAAGCACUUGAAAGCAUUGGCGGUAUAAGUGUAAUGAGUUCUUACUCUGCGUUCAACUUCCAUCAGCCUCUGAAGUCUACACAGUCCUGUUUGCAUGUGGUAUCUUAACUUUAGCUUCUGUCUAGCUGCACACAAUGCUGCGAGGACUUUGUGUUCCUAUGACAACCUCCAUGGUCCUGGCCUUUUUUGCCCUCCCCCCUCAACAGUGAUGCCCAGUUGCCCCCCCCUGCCAUUUCAGUGACACUGUACAUAUCCCUCUGCCCUACCCUCUCUGGCAGGUGACAGAUGAGGUGUAUACCAUCAGAAAUACUAAGAUGAGGAGGACCAUACCAUCAUAGAUUCAGACUAUUGACAGAUACUUCUUAGAUGAUUUCUUUUCCUACUCUGAGAUAAGUUUCAUGUAGGGAAAAGCCCAUAAACCAUAAUAUAUGGCAAGUGGUGCAAGAGUUUUUCUUUUGCUCCACGUAUAUAGUCUGAUCCAUACAUGGAACUCUUCUGCCACACUUGAUGCUUUUUCCCACAUGGAAAUUAUCUCCACACAGAAAAAUGUCACGUAUUAAGCAGCCUCCAUUUUUAGAUUCUGGAAUAUUGAGCCUCAAGGCAGAUGAGCAGAAUUAUUUGGGUGCCAAAUACCUUUAGUUCUAGGGUUGUUCUAUUUUGGAAGAACUAAAAUAAAUUCCCUGCCAAUCAACCAAAUAUUAGCAAGACAUUUUUGGAUUUCCUAUAAUUAAUUGCAUUUAAUGAUCAAUUCUAUCAUGCACAAUCUGCACAGGUUCACUCAGUUUUUGUCGAUCUGGAAUGGGCUUGUUCACUCAGGAAAUUAUAAAUCUUGGUUUAUAAUUUACACAUGGCACUAUCAAGGUUUUGGCUUAUAGCUGAUGCACAGGGUUGAAUAAUCCAAUCCAGUCUUCCCCAAACUGGUGCCCUCCAGAUGUUUUGGCCUACAACUCCCAACAACCCAAACUAGCACAGCUGUGCUGGAUGGGGCUCUUGGGAGUUGUAAUCCAAAACAUCUGGAGGCUAUCAGGUAGGGGAAGAUUACUUUGGAUCAAUGUUGAAUAAUCUGGAAAUAACCCUUGAUUAAAUCUCAGUGUAAUUGAAAUUCCCUUUGCAUCUUUCUGAUUUGGGGCUAGCGUAAAAUGGAUUAGCUAUGGCAAAUUUAUGUUGUGAACAGCCCUCAAACAAGAUACUGCUAAUAUAGAGGGGGAACUAUAUGUUGUUGCCCUGUUACCACAGUGGUUUGCUGUACCUUACAAGAUUCAACAAAAAUCCAUAGGCUCUGUGCCUCUUUUUUGGGCUCUGCAUUCCAAUUCAUCCAUACUUACCUAAUCAUCUGUCUAAUUAGGCAUCCAGCACAGUUUAUUCAGCUCAACAGAAAGUUUAACUUAACUCAUGGUGCUUUUACCAUUGGGCAGCUGAUUGAAAUCCAACUUUUCUAUAACCGGAGACCAUAGUGCAUAAGUAACCCGAACUUCCAGUUAUGUAGCUGCAACACUACCAAUCUGAAGCUUUAUAGAUAUUAUCUCAGGUUUUAUAGUGUUCGUGGUAUUUCAUUUGCCCUGUGGGAUUUUUUUUUUUUUUGCAGAUAUGCUGGUGCUAAAAAUGAAGAGGAACUGUUUUGUUUCUUACUAUGAAUGGAUAGGAGACUUGAAUCAAAACUGCCAUGGCCAGCCUUAGAAAGCUAUCUAGGUGCUGUUCAUGCAGAGACAUUCUGUUUUGUUGGCUGCAGUUCAAAUUCUGCUUAAAAAAGAAAAAAAGCCUAAGCUUUCACUUUAUGUUUGGUUGGCGUCUGUCAAGAUGGGCCAGAGCAAUCAUAACCCAGCGGCUCACAAUACUACUCCAAAGCUCAGCUGAGUACCCAACGUUCCUAGAAUCUGCCUCCCCCCCUAAUUGUGCAUUAGCUCAUGGGUAAAUUAACUAUGCAAUUAUCAAGUGGCAUCUUAACUAUGUAUGUACCUACAUUGGUCUCAUAUUACUGAAUAUUUAUAACCAUGGUCAAGUGCAUUGGAGGUUCUUACCCAGAUCCUCAGGUUAUGUUGAUAACUUUCUUCCAGUUCUAGCACAAAACUAGAGCCAGUCACUGGAAAUAUGAUCGACACUUUUAAGUGUUUUCUAGCCUAGUUUAAAAUAUGUCAGAGGGUUGUGUGCAUGUGUGUGGUUUUUUUUUUAAAAAAAUCUCACACCAGCAGCCAUUUAUUUGAAGACAGAAAGCAUGCAUCUUAGAAAAUAUAGUGGCGCCUAUCCCAGUCUCUGUCCUUUCAGGUUAAGUCUCCAGAGCUGUUAGCAUAAUAUGAUCAGUAAUCGUCCAUUCAGAACUGUGACAGGUGAAGACACAACAAAUUUGUUCUGUAAAUUUAGUACCUCCUUGAGUAAAUUCUGAGCUUUGCCAUUGGUUACAAGUUUUGGCUUAGAUUGUCUCAGAAUAAGAAUAAGAAAAAAUAUUUAAAGCUGAAAAGUUCUCUUCCUUAAGGCGUGGCCAGCUGUCAAACAGGGCUUACUUAGAAGGUCCACAAUAAAGAGAUCAGCACCUGCUUUUCUCUCCAUAAUGGUGCAGAAAUAUGGCUGUGGGUUCUCCAUCUUCACCUACCAUGGUGUGAAUAUAAAAUUUUGGCUACAGGAGAUGGAGAGAGGAGGGAGGGUGGGUCACAGCUGCUGCAACGUGGAGGGAGUCCAGAUUGGCCAAACUUUUUCUUUCCAGGGAGCUUCUAAAAGGGGCACAUUCAGGUUUAGGAAUUGCACCCUUGCCAAUAACAAGGUCAGUAAGGGCUUCAGAUAAA